AUGGAGUUGAAUAUGACAUUUGUAACAGAAUUUAUACUUCUAGGCAUCACCGAUCUGCCAUUGCUACAGGUUGUCCUCUUUGUUUUGUUUCUUAUUUUCUACCUCUGCAGCUGCGUUGGCAAUUUAAGCAUUGUGACAUUAGUUAUUGUUGACCAUGUUCUUCACACUCCAAUGUACUUUCUAUUGGCCAACCUUUCCUUCCUGGAUUUCUUCUUUGCCACCACAACAGUACCCAAGAUGUUGUCUGGUUUAAUUAUGGAGGACAAGAAAAUAUCUUUCCAAGGCUGCAUACUCCAGCUCUACAUGUUUCAUUUUAUGGGAUGCACUGAAGCCAUGCUUCUUACAUCAAUGUCAUAUGACAGAUAUGUUGCCAUUUGUAACCCUUUGCGAUACCAUAUCCUUAUGGCAAGGGCAGUUUGUCUUCAACUAGCAUUCACAUCAUGGCUCAUUGGUUCCUUAUACUCAUUGUCUCAUACCAUUAUGACUUCCAGGCUUCCUUUUUGCAAAAUGAACAAAAUAACUCAUUUCAUCUGUGAGAUUAAACCUCUCUUGAAGUUGGCAUGUACCGACACACAUCUUAAUGAGAGCUUGAUUAACAUAGUUACUGGCUCUCUAGCCUUAGGCACAUUUAUAAUGAUUAUCAUCUCUUAUACCUUUAUUGCAACUCAUGUCCAGAAUAUCAGCUUAGCACAAGGUAGAAUGAAAGCCUUCUCCACUUGCACAUCCCACCUUACUGUGGUCCUUUUAUAUUUUGGCACUGUUUUCUGCACAUAUUUAAGACCAGCUACUAAAGGUACCCUGGAACAAGACAGAAUCAGUGGAAUCUUGUACACGGUGAUCACACCAGCGUUAAAUCCCAUGAUCUAUGCUCUGAGAAAUAAGGAGGUGAAAAGGGCUUUUAGGAGAAGGUAUUUGAUAGUUUGGAUGUAG